CAACAACAACGCCGCCGGCAACAACAACGCCGGCAACAACAACAACGCCGGCAACACCAACGCCGGCAACAACGGCAACUCCAACGGCUGGGGCAACGCCCGCCGUUUCAUCCUCACCCUGUCGCCAAUCGACAGGGUGAUAAUCUAUGACACCCGGACUAGAGCCAUCACCCAAAUGGCUCUCAGCGCCCGACGUCGACUCCGCCCCCGCAACGUCACAAUGCCGUUGCGCAACAACAACAAGGGGCGUAACAACCAGGAGGAGAAGAAGAAGAAGACCUAAAUUGUUCUGUCUCUUCUUCCCUCUUCCUCGUGUGCAUCUUGCGCACACCACAAAAAAAAAAAAAAAAAAAAAAAAAAAAAAAAUUUGCUUUGAAUAUUCUAAGUUCUGUUGCUUGUUUGUAUGUAUGCACGCAUGUAUGUUUGCCUGUCCUGUUAACAAUCAUGUACCAAAAAAAAAAUUGUUAGUUAAUAAAAGUUUUUGCUGCGUUCUACUUCUAUCUCUAUCAUCUCCUGGUAGUCACUGUAGUUGUAGCUCACCGUAGUCACUAUAAUAUGUAGUAGCCUUGUGCGAUAGUAUGUCCUCAUCUAUAAGUGUAAUAUAGAGUGGUCUGACUGGUGCACAAACAUGCUUAAUCUACUUACUAUAUCUAUUCUCUAGCGUAGCCACAUACGUAGGAAGGCUUUACACUUAGUUGUAGUGUGGUUACCCACCGUUAGCAGAGUCUAUAAGUACCAAAAAAGGGGCUGUGAUAUUCCC